AUGUCUCUAGAUAGCUCUCCGCAACCCCUCGACGAGCUGGAAGGGGAACCGGAACAGCAGGAGCAGCAGCAGCAGCUGAGCAGGGCGGGGGGGCGGGGUCGACGGGACUUGGAGGAGGCGUUCAAGGCGCCAGGCCUGGUCAGGCAUGAGUCUCUACCGAGCCUGCACCUCAACGCGCGAUGUAUCAAGUGCGACGCGAUGGGGAUUAUCUACUGCAAGGGUUGCGAAGCGCACUUUUGCGCAAGGCACGACCAGCGUCGGCAUCGGUUUCUGUUGCGAAAGAACCGGCACGAGCACCAAGCGGUGCCGGGUAUCUCGUACUUCAGAAUACCCAUGCCAAACGACUCCACGUUGAGCCCCUCGUUGUCAUCAGACGGCUCGGACAAUCAGUCGCCGAUACCCCCGCCCGUCGGACGCAGAGGGGUGCGUACCGGCGGGGGCUUGCGCCAGCGGGAUGUGGAACUAGACUAUAGCGGGAGCAGCGGGAGCGGUGCGAGCGGUGCGAGCGGUGCGAGCGGCGCUGCCGCGGGUGGCGCCAGGGGGGCUGGCGGCAGCACCGCCGUUUUAGAUAGGAGGCGAGGGGCCGGAGGGGCGGCUGGUGGUGGUGGUGGUGGUGGUGGCGGUGGGGCGAGGUGGGCAGAAGCGCGGCGCCUACCGGGGCGCGCGAAGUCGUCCAGGUCUGCGAUAGACUUGGCGAGGUCCGGCUGGUACAACAAGAUCGUCAUGGCAAUCGUUCGGCCUCCUCGAUGUAAAUAUUCCAUUGGGGAUCUCGGCAACGAGGUCACCCCCCUCAGCAGCGGUCUAGCCAUGAAGCGGAGAGACUUCGAGGUCCGGAACCAGAGGGGUCUGAAGCUGGUGUGCAGCCAGUGGCGGCCGGCGUUUACGGAGGACACCUCCAAGCUGCCGUGCGUCGUGUACCUUCACGGGAACAGCUCGGCGCGUGUCGACGUUGUCAAGACAAGUUCGCUAAGGGUGCUGGGAACGGCCGCUUGCACGGUGGUCUCUUUCGACUUCUCUGGGUCGGGAAUGUCGGAGGGGGACUUCGUGACGCUGGGUUACUUCGAGCAGCACGACGUGGCCGAUGUGCUGGCAUAUCUUCGCAGCAACGGGAUGGCCAGCCGGUACCUCCUGUGGGGCAGAAGCAUGGGGGCGGCGUCCGCCCUGCUGUACGCGGCCCGGUACCCCAAUCACGACCUGUGCGGUCUCAUCCUGGACAGCCCGUUCUGCAGCUUCAAGCGCCUGGCGAGAGAUCUGGUUACCGAGGGGCAGGUGAACGUGCCGGGCUUUCUCGUUAAUGGCGCGCUGGGGAUGCUGCGGCACAGCGUGAAGAAGCGGACGCGUUGCGACCUCAAGACCGUGGCGCCGAUCGCCCGGGCGAGACAUAUCCGGUGCCCCUGCCUCUUCAUCGCCGCGAGGAAGGACGUGAUGGUCAGGCCCAGCCACGGCGCGGAUCUGUCCGAGGCCGUGGGCGGGGCGAGCCUGUUUGUUACGUGCAAAGGGUCGCACAACACGGCGCGGCCUGGCAUUGUGCUCCAGGCGAUCGGCACCUUCGUCAAGGGGUGCUUCCAGGCCCCGGGGACUCCCAUCUCGCAGGCGUUCUCCACGAUACAGAACGCGCUGCAGGAAGCACAGGCCACCGCGGCGGCUCUCAGGGCCGGCAGGGGCUCCACCUCCUCGGCCUCCUCUUCCGUCACCACCACCGGCGGCGGCGGCGGCGGCGGCGGCAGGGGUAGGGGCAGUACCACUAGCGCCCGCCAACGCGCGCGAGCAACGUCGGUCUCGUCCGAUCUCGACGUCGGGGCGAGCGACCCGGGGCCCCACGUUAUCGGCACCGGUGACGGUAGGGGUAGGGGUAGGGGUAGGGACAGCGGUGCGGGCUCGAGGCCGGGCCCCGCACGCCCGCUGGCUAGGCCGGGCCCGCGGCGAGACGCGGAGAUGGAGAGGGCGAGAAGAAUCACUUCGGCCGCUGCAAGUGCUAGGAAGUCUUUGAGCCAUUCAGAGUCGCCCGUUCCGGACCGAAAGUCCCGGAAGGCCUCGCGCCACGACGCCCACAACCGACGCCGAUCAAAGUCUCACGACGAGGACGUCGUCGAUCACCAAGACUGCGGCGGCGGCUCAACCAGCAACAACCCCGACGGCCGCCGCCGCCACGGCGGCGACGGCGACGGCAGCUACGUGCUGGAGGUGGGGGAGUCCCCAUCCUUCGAUCUCGCGGCUGACGGAGAGAUGGGUCCCGACGGGGAGGUCCGCGCGGUCACCGUCGAACGGCGACCGGGUGGCGGCGGCGGCGGUGGCAGCACCGGCGCCAGCGCCAGCAGCGGCGGCAGGGGGGUUUUACCGACGAGGCUUCUGGAGUGCCCGUACCCGCCGAGGAGGCCGGGCCAGAGACAGACCGCUGCCGGCGGCGGCGGCGGCGGCGAUCUGGACGGGGGUGGCGGCGGCACCGGGGAGCUGUCCCCGUACCCCUCGCCGCCGCCGCCGCCGGCAUCGUCAUCGUCCCGCGCGGCGGCUAGUGCCACGACCCUCGAGCAAGGUGGGUGGAGAAAGACGGCGCACGGCAACCCUACUGCUGCAUGGACCACCGCCAGGAACCCAGGAGCACUGGGGCAGCGAAAACCAGGUGCGGUCGCCUUGCUGUUCCCGCCGCCGCCGCCGUCGCCGCGGCGACCGACCACGGGCGGGAGCGGGGUUUCCGCCGGGAAGGUGCCGGCGCCGGCGAAGACGGCGGCGGGGGUCGCCGCGCCAGUGGAUGAUGCCUCCUCCGAAGGCGGCGCGCAAGACCGGCCCCGACAGAGCUACAACAACGGGAAGGAUAACUGCAGCGGCGAGGGCGGCAGCGGCGGCGGAGCGGCGGCGGCGGCGGCACCGCCGGCGCCGCGUCCAAGGCAGAACGCACGCCGCCCGUCGAAUUCUUCGCGAAGGGGGAGAGGUUCGGGGUGGCUUGGGCUGGGGCAGAUGCGGCUAGCGGCUCCCGCGCUGUCUUCGGUGUUUCGCUCGAGCAAUCGGUCUUCGGCAGAGAGACGGUUCCAUUCCUCCGGCCCAGUGAGGGGGUUUCCGUUGGACAGGUCGUCGGACAGAAGCAGCGGCGGCGUCAAGCGCUCGCCGGGGGCGCAGCGGCAGCAGCGGGCCUGCACUUGCGGCAACGGUCCGGCCGAGUGUCUUUGCUACGUGGGCGGUGACCUGCAUUCGUCGGAGAUGAUGCGCCGCGGCGGUGGUCAGGACAAGACGAUGCGGGCGCCGCCGCUACACAUGCGCACGGCAUCCGGCAAGCUGAAGAUGUGACGUCGAGCUUGCCGCGGCACGGCGAUCAUCUGCCCGGGGACCGGGUGGCUGAGAAGCGUGCUGCUGUACGGCGUACUCUUAGGGAACGUUUUUUGCAGUGUUGUCCGCUUGAAGUAUUUAGAUAAGGUGUUGAUAAGUCUUGUGGACGUAUGGAAUUUUUUUUCGUUUCAUGUAUGCAAUGCGUGUGUGUUUUCUUUGGUAAUCGUGGUAAUGGAGCGUGGGUGCGUGUCCUGUAACUUGUAGUUGUUUUUGCGUUACUACGAGAAAACCGCGUGCUCUGUUGUUCGGAUUCCGUGUCCCGGUGUCUUGGAAUGGUUGAUAAAUGCUGUAGAAACGAAUGAAAAGGUAGGAGAGAAGUGCUUUGUUUUGGGCGUCACAUAUGCCACCCAUCGGGUUUUUGUUGUCGGAGAAGAUAGAUACAAUCCUUAGCCUCUUUUUACCCCUCUAUGGACCUCACGAAGCCGUGCGUGCAACUAGACACGGCUGCUCUGUGUUUGUGCCGCAGCUUGGUGGCCAACAAGCUCGGCCGCACUCUAGUCCCGAUCGCAGGCUCUAUUUUGUCGAGUGCUCCUGUUUGUCCGUCUGCUUGUUUUUUCAGCGCCGAGGUAGCACUCCUGUUCUUCCACAAACGUCAAGACCACGUGCGUAUGUGUUCGUGAUUGAUUGUCUGCCAGCCGCUAGCUAGCCCAGAUCGUACGUUCAGGAUGUAUCUGUCAACGAGGGACAAAGAGACAACCGAUUCGAGGUCUGGGCCAUGCUGCCCUUGUCCCGAGCAUCGCACGGAGUACCACAACCAGGGUCUCGACGAGAACAUCAUAUGCCUCACCCCCCCCCCGCUCCGCCAGCACUUUGCUACCCUGACAUCGAUUCCCCCAUCGCAAAUUGGGGGGUUCUGCAUCGGCAAAAAAAAAAAAAAAUGCUUGUAUUUUUUUGGCAGAGAUCCUUGCAAAGAAACUCAUCAGACUGAUUUCUCGCAAAUUCCAGGCCGUUCGUUCCCUCUUGGCGGUGCUCUCGCGAGACCAAACUAAGACAUGGCACGCAGUCUUACGGCU